AUGCCCCCAACAUCGAUAUAUCUGCAAAAAGCAUGCCUUCUGCAUCGGUACAUUCGGUCGCGAGACAACUCGCACAUCUUCGAGCGGCCGGAACGGCUGCGCGCGGUCAAUGUCGGGCUCGCGGCCGCCAUCGCGCGCAUGGAGGAAGGCGCGCCGACCAAACCCGCGCCCGCUAACGCCCCGCUCAGAACGGAGGAGGAUGAAGAUGAACUGACGAAGGCUCUCGAGAAGCUCCAGCUUUCGACGCCAUGCGCGACCCAGCAGCCCGCGCGCGUGCCGGCUACCAUUGUCCACAGUGGCGCAACUGUAGACAUUCUGAACCACGCGGCAGUCAAGUUCGUGCAUGGCGACAUAGACGACGAUGUGUAUCUGAAGACUCUCAAGAAGUGGACGCAAGACAGCCACGACAAGAUAAACCAGGGCGGUAGCGAGAUCCCCGAGGGCUACAACCAAGGCGACUUGUACCUUUGCCCAGGAUCGUUGGACGCCAUACAAGGUGCCCUUGGAACCAUGUGUGAAGCUGUGGACAGCGUUGUUGGUUUGCCUAGCCCCGACACUCCUUCUCAAGCUUUCGUGGCCGUCCGUCCACCUGGGCACCAUUGCGGAGAGGAUACACCCUCAGGAUUCUGCUUCGUCAACAAUGUGGCCGUGGGUGCUGCUCACGCCUAUCUCAAGUAUAAGAUUAACCGUGUUGUUGUCUUGGACAUCGACUUGCAUCAUGGUAACGGCACACAGGCCAUCGCAUGGCAGAUCAACGAGGAAACGUAUCGCAAGCAGCUCGAAGGGGAAGCGGGUGCGCCUCACGAGCCCGGACUGCAAGUCUACUACGGCAGCAUCCAUGACAUAUUAUCUUACCCAUGUGAAGACGGGAAGACGAGCUUGGUACAAGCAGCCUCGGUCUCCAUCCAUGGGCCGCACGGGCAGCACAUCGAGAAUAUUCAUCUGUCGCCGUACACAUCUGAAGACGAGUUCUGGGAUAAGCUGUAUGCCGGGCCCUACUCUCGCCUGCUACAGAAAGCAGGCGAAUUCCUCGAGAACACCGGCAAGUCUUCGGAUGACGUCUUGGUGUUCAUCAGUUGCGGCUUCGACGCGAGCGAGCAUGAGCACCCUGGUAUGUCGCGCCACGGACGCAAAGUACCCACAUCAUUCUACCACCGAUUCGCACGCGACGCCUGCGCAUUCGCCUCGCGCUACGCCAACGGCCGCCUCAUCAGCGUCCUUGAAGGUGGCUACAGCGACCGCGCGCUCGCCAGCGGCGCGAUGGCCCACCUCGCCGGUCUCCUCGAAGACGAUACGCACCCGGUGGACCCGACCUGGUGGAGUCAGGAGAACCUCCUCGCGCUUGAGGCGGCGACCAAGAAGCGGCGCGGCGGCCGGCCGUCCAACACCACGCCCCCGGCCCCCUGGCUCGCGCGCACGGUCGAGCUCUUCGCGUCCAUCGACGCCUCGCACACCCUCGCCCCCAUCUCCCACCCCCGCGCGCCCAUUGCUGCGUCAGACCGCACGUUGCGCGACAGGAAGCCUGCGCGAGCGAGUCCGGCGGCAUCCCCAGGGAAGAAGAUAGCCGCAAAGAAAGGGGCAGCGGCCACCAUCACGUCGACUGACGAAGAGAGCGAUUCGGUCUCGACGGAUGCGUCCGUCCCCGAGGAGGCUGGCGCGGCUCAGUCGGCCUCCAAGAAGCUGCCGAGGGUGAUUUUGAAGCUGGGCCCACAGCCGGACGCCUGA